UUCAUCUACUCUUAAGAUUCUCUGGUUUUAGCAGCCCGAACCCUAAAACCCUAAACCUCUCAAUCAUUCCCAAUGGAUCAUGAAUCCGAAAACAUCCUCUACGAAACCCUAAGCCCUCUUCGUCUCUCUACGCCAUCCGACGCCCCCUCACGCCCUCAGUCUCCGCCUUUGGAUCAAUUGGAACCCUACACUGUGUUUCGUAACGAGAUUUCGUUAUCUGAUCUUCGUGGUUCUUACGAGGAGUCUUCUGCACCCGAUUUUUUCUCGCUGGAUGUGAAUUGUAGUGGAGUUGAUGAAUUGGAGGAAGCCAAGUGGAAGAGGCAACACGAGCCGAAGACACCAGCUAAGGAAGUGGAGCCGACGUUGGAGAGUGGCUGGUUCAAAGGCAAUAGUAGGUUUAAGAGUCCGAUGCUUCAGUUACAUAAAGAGAUUGUGGAUUUCUGUGAUUUUCUAUCUCCAACUCCAGAAGAACAGGCUCUUCGCAACGCUGCAGUAGAAUCUGUUUUUGAUGUUAUUAAAUAUAUAUGGCCCAACUGCAAGCCUGAGGUUUUUGGGUCAUUCAGGACAGGGCUUUAUCUUCCAACAAGUGAUAUCGAUGUUGUGAUUCUGGGAUCUGGUAUCAAGAACCCACCAACUGGUUUGCAGGCUCUUUCUAGGGCAUUAUCUCAACAGGGUAUUGCCAAAAAGAUACAGGUGAUUGCAAAGGCUCGUGUGCCCAUCAUUAAAUUUGUAGAGAAAAAAAGUGGUGUUUCAUUUGAUAUAAGUUUUGAUGCACAAAAUGGACCGAAAGCUGCUGAGUUCAUUAAGGAUGCAUUAUCUAAGUGGCCUCAAUUACGUCCAUUAUGUUUGAUCUUGAAAGUAUUUUUACAGCAGAGACAGUUGAAUGAGGUAUAUUCUGGUGGGAUUGGCUCAUAUGCACUCCUUACCAUGUUAAUGGCUCUAUUGAAGAGUUUUACCAAGUGUCAAACUUCUCCAGAACAUAAUUUGGGAGUCCUUUUGGUGCACUUCUUUGAUAUGUAUGGACGCAAAUUAAACACCCAAGAUGUUGGUGUAUCUUGCAAAGGGUCUGGCACCUUCUUUAAAAAGAGUAGAAAAGGGUUUAUGAAUCAAAGAAGACCAUUUCUCAUCUCCAUUGAGGACCCACAGGAACCAGAUAACGACAUUGGGAAGAGCUCUUUUAAUUACUUCCAGAUUAAAUCAGCUUUUAUAAUGGCACUUGCAACCUUGACAAAUCCAAAGACCAUCUUUAGCUUAGGGCCUAACAGAAGCAUUCUUGGCACAAUUAUUAGAGCUGAUCCAAUUUUGCUGGAGCGUAAAGGAGGAUCUAAUGGUGAGAUGACUUUUAACAACUUGCUUCCUGGAGAUGGGGAGCCAUUGCAGAAACAAUAUGUGGAUCAGCAACAAGAGAUUUUGUGCAAUUGGCAGUCAGUUUAUGAAGAAGAAUCCUUUCCCCGUGGAGAUUAUAGUGCACAAUCUUCCAGAAAGAAGCGAAGAGCUUCUUCCAAAGAGAAGUCUAGGAAGAAGAAGGUUAAAGACUCAGGAGAGAUGGAGGGCAAUGAAAGGAAAGAGAAGAAGAAGGUUAAAGAAUCAGGGGAGAUGGAGAGGCAUGAAGAAAGUGGCCCAAAGAAAGAGAAGAGUUCAAAAAAGAAACGAUGGAGACAUAACCAUGAGAAUGCCAAUGGUUUUAGCUGAUAAUAUGUCAGUUAUUUCCUAAUUGGUUUCAUCUAUGUUUCCAUACGCUGCAUGAAUCGCAGUUUGCAGACAUGAUUGCUGAUUCCUUGCCAUUACAUCAGAACUUUCUAUGGAAAUGAAUUAUUAGAAGGCCAUGCAAGCUCUCAAGUAGGAUGUGGGAACUGCCAUCCAUGCUGCUACUGGCCACUGGUUUUUUCGGCAAGUUGAAAACAUGAUUUUAUGGAGUGCAGAAAUUGAUUGAGCCAUAUAAAUUUUAGAAAUUCAUAUGAAUCUUUGAUGUUUCUUGUUCUGGCUAUUAAGCGGCUCUUCUACCGGAGGUCACAGGGAGAGGCACCUGAGCAAAUUGUUCAAUAUUGGAUGUAUUGUUGAACCAUUUUUUAUCUUAUUGAUGUAUUGGCUUCUCAUAAAUAAUUAUCAGUUUUGUCAUUGACUCUGGUAGCUCUUUCUUGGAUUAAGUUUCUGUUUUGAUUA